CAAAAAUGCGAAACGCCAAACACGCCACGAACCGAAUCUAGCAGACUAACCACUGCAGCCAUGACGAAGAGAGGCAGUACUGCCGCCGCCAUCGGCCUGCUGAUGCUUUCGCUCCCGGCGGCCCUCCUCGUCGCCGGCAUGGCAGCCGACAAGGAAGACACUAUCCGCCUCCCCAGCGACAGUGUCGUCGAAGCGGAAGGUCUUGUUAUUGGACAAACAGCAAUGGCCGCGGCGACGAGGCCAUGGGAUUGCUGCGACACGACGCUAUGCACCAAGUCGUUCCCGCCGAUCUGCCGCUGCCUGGACGUCGUUCCCCGCUGCGCCGCCGCCUGCGAGAGCUGCGACCCGUCGGAGUCCGACCCGUCCGGCUGCGUCUGCAACGACUGGCACCGAGGGGACCCCGGGCCAAGGUGCCCUCACCAUGACGAAGAAGAAGAAGAAGAAGCAGCAAUACCGAUAAUAACGGAGCCGCCGCCGGUGCCGGAGAGGCCGUGGGAGUGCUGCGACGCGACGGUGUGCACCAAGUCGUUCCCGCCGACGUGCCGCUGCCUGGACGUCGUCGACCGCUGCGCCGCCGCCUGCGACCGCUGCGAGCCGGCCGAGGACGACCCGGCCCGCCGCGUCUGCAAGGACCAGUACUUCGGCGACCCCGGGCCCACCUGCAAGUCCAAGCACCACGACGGGCCGCCCGCCGGCGGCGGCUCUCCGUCGCUCGCUGCUGUCGGCGGCGCCACGACGGGGUUAUUGAUGGCUUUUAGUACGGUCUUGCUUUUUACCCAGACUUAUGAAGUGGCGAACCAGGCCGGGGCGGAGAAGCGGCCGUGGAAGUGCUGCGACCGGGCCAUGUGCACCCGGUCCAUCCCGCCCUUCUGCAAGUGCCUAGACUUGCUGGACCGGUGCCCGGGGUGCAAGGACUGCCGGGCCGAGCGGGAGCACGAGGCCGACCCCGAGAGCUUCGUCUGCCACGACGUGUACCGUGGCGCCCCCGGGCCCAACUGCAGCACCAACGGCGACAAGGUCUUCGCUGACGAGGCGACAAUAGUGGCCGCGGAAGAGAAGAAGGCCGCGGCGGCGGAGGCGGAGAAGAGGCCGUGGAAGUGCUGCGACGACACGCUGUGCAACAGGGCGGCCCCGCCGACGUGCCGCUGCCUGGACACCGUGGACCGCUGCGCCGCGAGCUGCAGGGAGUGCGUGGCGGCCGGGUCGGACCCGUCGCGCCGCGUCUGCAAGGACCGCUUCCACGGCUGGCCCGGGCCCAAGUGCUCCAACAACCAGUAGUCUCCUAGCUAAACGACGAUGAAUAAAAUGAUGGGCCAGGCCGGGCGCCUUCCCAGUGAUAUGAGUGACCUGGCUAAUUCAGUCCAUUGACUGCUAGAUAGCUAGUAGCGUCACGCACGUGCGUGUUCAUCUUACUAUCUUUGUUUCCUCUUCUAGCCUUGCGAUAUGAGAGAGAUUGAGAGAUCGAUGAUCCUUCUCUUUCCCCCUUUUUUUUUUCUUCUGUUCGACUAGAGUGUUCGACACUUCGAGUCGUUGUAUGCAUCGAUCGUUCGAUGAAUAAGACAAGCGUGGUCACAGAGCUA